GACGUCACGAGCGGCAACAGCAGGGGCAGUCCGGUGAGUGAACCGCUCCGCGUCCUCCCGCUCUUCACUGCGAACACCGCACCGACUGUGGGCUAAAUGUGCAUUUAAGGACACAUCUCCCAUCUCUCCAUCUUUUUUUCCCCCCUCUCCUCUCUUUUGGAUGUCAUUACGAUGGGAUUACUUGAUGCUCUUAGAGAUUUCAGUUUACUGACAUGGCUGAGGGAAGAGAGACAGUCCAGGAAGCUGAUCCUGUUCAUCGUUUUUAUUGCUUUGCUAUUGGAUAACAUGCUGUUGACGGUGGUGGUACCCAUCAUCCCCAGCUACCUGUAUACGGUGGACGAUGAGGCUUCCACUGCAGUCAGGAACCACUCAGUCUCCUCUCAGUCUCCAUCUGGAACCUUCCAGACCAUCGUCUCUCUUUACGAUAACUCCACUCGCCUGACCAACCUCAUCCCGCAGGUCAGCACACCAGGCGUGACCUUGCCCCCGACUCUGACCCCAGCUCCCAAUGCCUCUGACUGCCCCAAAGCUGACAAGCAGCUGCUGAACGAGAACGUAAAAGUGGGGCUCCUGUUUGCCUCAAAGGCCACCGUGCAGCUCAUCACCAACCCAAUCAUAGGACCUCUCACCAACAAAAUAGGCUACCAGAUCCCAAUGUUCGCCGGAUUCUGCAUCAUGUUCCUUUCAACAAUCAUGUUUGCCUUCUCGUCGAGCUACGGGCUGCUGUUCCUGGCCAGGUCGAUGCAGGGAGUCGGCUCGUCUUGCUCCUCUGUGGCAGGUAUGGGAAUGCUGGCAAGUGUGUAUACAGAUGAUGAGGAGAGAGGAAAUGCAAUCGGCAUAGCACUGGGAGGACUUGCCAUGGGAGUACUUGUUGGCCCACCAUUUGGCAGCGUGAUGUAUGAGUUUGUAGGGAAAACGGCUCCUUUCCUUGUCCUGGCUGUUCUAGCAGUGCUAGACGGAGCUCUGCAGUUGUUUGUGCUUCAGCCGUCUAAAGUUGAACCAGAGAGUCAAAAGGGCACGUCGCUGAUGGGCCUCAUGAGAGAUCCUUACAUCCUCAUUGCAGCAGGAUCUAUUUGCUUCGCUAACAUGGCCAUCGCAAUGCUGGAGCCCGCCCUGCCAAUCUGGAUGAUGGAAACUAUGUGUUCCAGAAAAUGGCAGCUAGGAGUCGCCUUUUUGCCAGCCAGCAUCUCUUACCUGAUCGGGACGAAUAUCUUCGCUGUUCUGGCUAACAAAAUGGGGAGAUGGCUGUGUUCUCUCAUAGGAAUGCUGCUGGUUGGGAUCAGCAUCAUCUGUGUGCCUUUUGCGAAAGACAUCUACGGACUCAUACUGCCAAACUUUGGGGUUGGUUUUGCGAUCGGCAUGGUGGAUUCCUCUAUGAUGCCAAUCAUGGGCUACUUGGUGGAUCUGAGACAUGUCUCUGUAUACGGGAGUGUGUACGCCAUCGCUGAUGUGGCCUUCUGCAUGGGCUUUGCGUUCGGCCCAUCAGCCGGUGGAGCUAUCGCACGCAGUAUUGGCUUCCCGUGGCUCAUGACCAUCAUCGGCGUGGUGGACAUCCUGUUCGCUCCACUUUGCUUUUUCCUCCGCAACCCUCCAGCCAACGAGGAGAAAAUGGCCAUCCUGAUGGAUGUCAAUUGUUCGAUGAAGACACGUUCCUACUCCACCCAGGGCUCCAGCUAUCAGAUGGGAGACGACAUGGACUUGGACAGUCCAGAGUAGACGCCUUUACCCUCUCUCAGACCUAUAGCUUUGAACCCAUGACCCCUAGCCGUCUAUGUGCCCUUCUAGAGUAUAUUUUGCUGUAUUAAAAGGAAAAAUAGGGACUUUUAACAGAACCGCGUGGCUGAUUUUGCAAGGCUACAUCCCUGACACUUAGUGUUGUUUGUUCUGCUGAAACCAAAGCUGUUGUCAUUGUCCUUUAAAAUUAGGGUGAAAGUGGCACGUCGAAUCAAACCAACAGCCUUAGUUACACGCUCAAUCGGGCCGUUCAUUCAGAAACAGGGUGUUUAAAGCCACCAGCAAGGAUACGACAAGGCACUUUUGUUCAUAUUAGGGGUGGGAUGAAAGGCAGAAUGCUGAGAGAUGGAAAUGCGGGGAGAUUUUAAAGGGGGUGGGGGUUAUAAUUUUUAAAGAACAAACAUCAGAAAACUCAGAGUAAACAAUAUUUCCACAUCGUUUUCUUCAAUCAGUUCACGCAAAUCACUUGAUAGAAUAUUAGGAUCUUCUACAAUUACACUAUAUGAUAUGAGAUAAGCAUGACUUUUAUUUACGUCACACGUUGAUGUUCUUCAGUUUACAAAGAUGACUCAUUUAAAAUACACCGCACUGCCAUUAUAACUGCUAUUUGACAUGUCUUCACAUCGUUAACCGAGACACUUGGUUAUUUGGUUGUAAAUCCCUGAUCGUGGCUUUAAAAACGCGAAACUGCGGGUCAGCUGUGCUCCGUCAUCAUACGAUAUAACCGCUUAACUCUUAAAAACUCAGAGAUGAAGAGGCUAGUUUGAAAAUCUCCAAUAGGACUCUCAUGUCGAACACCACACUACAUGGAGACAACACAGCUACACAUAGCACAAAGUGGUUCAUUUCUAGAAGUUUUGUGGGGGUUUUUUUCUUUUUGAGGGAGGGGAUGUCGUACGAGGAAAUAGAAUUCAUUUGCGGUGCGGCUAAAACGAAUCCUAUUUGACCUCGAAAUGGCCUUAAAGUUUCCUUUAUUAUAACGAGGGGUGACUGUUCUACAAAGACCACGCGUCAGAUAUAAUUUUCUAAUACGACAUGCUGAAACGGGAGCAUAAAUAAGUGUUGAGAGAGAGAGAGAAAUAUAUCCAUAGUCAAACUGAAGUUCAUUUGAUGUUUACAAUUCGGUGUUGCCUCCAAGCGGAACGUGUUUGUGGGCACGUUACAUGUUCCUGUUUCAUAUCCAGGCCUCGUUCAUACCGUACAUGAACGAGCGAUGACUUAAAGAUGUCGAUGUCGUAUGAUUUAUUCUCGUGUAACAAUAACAACAAAAUAGAGAUUGAUUCAGUAAAUCAUUUAGAUCCUAAAAUGACACAAAACAGGCACAGUAUAGCUCCUCAUUCUGAAUACGAGUUGUGUUUGUAAGCACGUGUGUGAAUUCUUCAGGUGUGAAUUCCAUCAUGUCCAAUGAACGAUGUAUUAUCCAGUUACGGGAGGUCAUUUCACUCGCUUUUAGUUCCAAGUCCAACAAUAAACACACUGCUGUAGAGGAUCUAGUCAUAGUGCCUCAGUUUAAUUAGGGUAUAUUCUGAUUUCUAAAGUGUAUAUAGUAUAUAUCUAUAUUUUAGUAAGCACAUGUGAAAAUGGUUAUGAAGAUGUCUACAGUUUAGUCGUGCUAUUUUUCUUGUUUGGUUUCUUUAAAAUGUCUGCUGGGUUUUUUGUUUGUUUGUUUGUUUGUUUGUUUUUUUGCCAAAUAGGCACCUUAUAUUGAGGUUCAUACUGUAUAUGGUCAUAAAAGCCAUAUCACAGUCAUUUUAAAUCCUCAUCUUCUAAACUGUAGCUGUUCCAUUAUUCCAUGUUUGCUUUCUGAUUUUGUGACGGAAGGAGCUGUAAAGCAAGAGGUCUGGAAAAGCUUAAAGGGCACAUCUAACAGGGGUUAAUCAGAUCUGUAAGUGUGAUGAAGCACGCGGUGUUAAAGCUGUGCGCGUGCAGGUCCACCAUACACACUGGCAAUUCAAGCUAAUGCGAAAACGCAGUUAAAUCGUACUGUAGAAUGUUAUUCUAACAGAUCUAAGACAUGGCAUGAAUCGAGCUGACGCUAGGACACUUCCGUAUAAAAUGUUAUGUAUCAUGUUUAAGCAAAUUUCCAUUCAGAUUUUUCCCUUUGCACAAAAAGAUCAGCAUCUCAAAUCGUCUCGUAUUAAAAUACUAACCAGGAUGAGCUGGCUAUGGCGUACAGAGCUAUCAAACUAGCAGGAUGCAUCAAUGUAGUGGUAUAAUCCCCUCAGAAGCGUAAAUAUCCGUGAAAGUCUACUCAAUCUGCUCAGAGCCACCCUGUUGAUUUCCCAUCAGACCUGGGAUUUACUUGCACAAACAAUAGGACUCUUUUAUAGCUCUGGAGGGGUCAUUUAUGAGGGAAUUGGGCCUGCACAUGCAGGAUCUAAGUACACUCCAAAAACCAGGAAAUAUACAACGUUGAGAAUACUACGAGUCCCUGCGUACAGUGUAUUUCAGGGGAUUGUGUUUGUUUCCUGUCUCGCCCAGGUAGUCAGUACAGUAUCUUUAAUCUUACCGUCUUCUUACUGAAUCAGCAUUAAAAACUUAGUCAUGUUAGUAAUUUGGGGGUUCAAAUUACAUGCUAAUCUUAUAUUAGCAUAUUGGGGCAGUCGAACACGCAGCACGUAAGCUACAUAGUGAGUUUCAACAAAGGAAAGGAAACCAACGCCUUAACUGAACCUUAUAUAGAACCAGAUUCUGGUGAUUAGAGUCAAGUGAUUAUAGUGUUCACAAACAUACAGUAUCAUAGAGCUCCACCGUAACAUUCCCAUUUAAUAAGGAUCCAAACUCACGUCAUUUCUUUUCUUGUUCUGAGACGUGUCGCGUGCUUGAGAUCACGUGUGUCUGUGCCAAUGUCAGUGUGUGCCUUUAUUCAUGUGUCUUCUGUAUGUGUGUGUGUGUGUGUGCGUGUGUGUAAAGUAUCUCCUCGAGGCCAUGAGAGGACAGUUUUGUAUCCUGUAGAAGCCCUGUAGUCAGGAUUCAAGUCAUAUGACUAACACUAUGGGGUGUAUGUACGUAGUUGUUGGAACUACAGCCAAAAAUAAAGAAAUAAAUGUUGGAUAU